AUGCCAAGAAUUAAGUUGGGUACGCAUCACGUGGGGUGCAUCUCCCUUAUUAAUUUAGCCCUGGUGAUUCUUUUCUCAUCCUUGGGUUAUUACGUGAGAUAUCAAUCUUACAUUGGACUAAAAGAGAGCAAUGAAAGUUUAAAGUUUAGUGAUGUCGUUGUGCCUGCAAUUCAGUUGGUCCCUAAUCAUUUCGUGUUCUAUCCAUGGACAUUGAUUAUUUCGCCAUACGUGCAAACGUCACCGUUGCAAUUUCUUUUUGCACUUCCAGUUAUGUUUUUUGGAACGGAAUACUUGGAAUCGAAUUGGAACUUUGAUGAUGCCGAAGGUCUUAGAGCACCUGAAAAGGGCAUAUUUGGUGAAUUAAUUCGCUAUUUGCUUAUCGUGACUGUGACCACAAAUUUGAUUUGUAUUUUGUUCAAAUCCUUUGCCGUUGUUUUUGGUAUGUCCGCAGCCGAUUCCAUUGCAAGCCCUACAAAUUUCGGUAUUUUCACCAUUCUCAUGAGUUUUAUUGUUGUAGUGAAACAGCUCUCCCCAGAGAGUAAUGUGAAAGUUUUCAGCUUCUUUAGAUUUAGAUUGAAAAGACUUCCAUUCAUCGUCCUUUCGCUUGCUCUUGUUGUGUCUCUUGUGAUUUUCAGAUCCUUCUCUCCGUUCUUCAUGCCUCUUUUUGUCAACUUCUACAUAAGUUGGUUCUAUUUACGUUAUUACCAAAUCAAUCAUGUUGGUAAUAUUUUACCAACUACUGCAAGUGAAUCACAUACCACAUCACAUUCAUUGACUGUUCGUGGUGAUGCUUCCGACACCUUUGCAUUCAUCCAAUUCUUUCCUGACAACUGUCAUGAUUACUUGAAGCCAAUUGCAAGAUUUUUCUAUCACUCUUCAGCAUUCUUGGGUCUUUUCCGCCCUUUCAAUGAUGAUGAUAUCGAAUCCAGUAAUCUUCGGACUAUCCAAAGAUUGAAUAAGAGUAAUACAAUUGAUGCCAAUGGCUCCUCCGGUGAGUCCUCACGCAGAAAGCGUAUUGCUUUGAAGGUUCUUGAGCAAAAAGUUGGAAAUACUGGAGCAUCGCCGGCUUCCGAGAGCUCUGUUGCCAAUGAGAAUGCCAAUACUACUACUCCUAAAAGAGAUCAAACCGCUAAAAAAUAA